UGGAGCACUACUGGUGCUACUGCCCCAGAAGAGAGGCAGGGGACCGGGCAGGACAGUGAGGAGGAACACGAGGGAGGGGGAGAGGUGGCAGUUGUCGGGCGUCGCAUGGCCGUGCAGAGGCUGGUGGUGGCGGCGGUGGCAGUAGCCCUGCUGUCCCUGGUUCUAAACAAUGUUGCAGCCUUCACCCCAAGUUGGGUCCUGCAAGCUCUGGAGGAUGGACGCAAGCGGAGUGUGGGACUAUGGAGGAUGUGCCCCAGUGGAGGGGAAAGGGCCCGUGAUGACCUCCAGGCUGGGAGAAGAGGGCAAGGAACACAGAGGCAGUGUGAAGGCCUUGGAUGGGGAUCCGAGUAUGCAGGCUACCAAGAAUCCCGCAGUACAGUCAAACUGCAGUUUGACAUGAUGCGAGCAUGUAACCUGAUGGCAACGGUGGCCCUGACUGUCGGUCAGCUGAUUUUCCUUCUGGGCCUGAUGGAGCUGCCUUUCAUCAUGCAGCAAUCACAGUGGUGGGAGGAGGCCAUUGCUGCACUCUUCCAGCUAGCCAGUUUUGUCCUGGUGAUUGGACUUGUGACCUUCUACAGGAUUGGGCCAUACACACACCUGUCCUACUCCUGCUACUUGGACAUAGCUGCUUGCUUGCUGGCCACGAUGGCUGCAGCCAUGCUCAUCUGGAACAUUCUACAUCGUCGCGAUGACUGCCUGGCACCUCGAGUUAUAAUCAUCAGUCGCUCACUGGCAUCUCCUUUCCACCAACGUCAAGACAAUGACUACGUGGAGUCGCCUUGUUGAGCCAUGUGACCUCACAAGCCAAGCCAGUAAGGAGUAAUAAACUAUGGUGGCAAGACACUGCUGUCAACUACUCGUGUCUAUUCCUGUUAUUCCAAUGUGACUCUCAAGAGAGGAGGACAUUCGAGUGGCUUUACAAUGGCUGUACUAACUUGUACUUGCAACUUUAUUUCACAACUUCUUCCACCAUACACUUAGAAAUCAGAAUUAUUUUGCUGCUCAGUCCACAGAAGUCACAAAUUUAACUGAAAUUCAUGUCUAAAACAGCCUUAAAUUUCCAAUCAUAUUCAAAUACUGAAUGAUGUUUCAUUUAUUCACUUUGGAUGAGCUGAUUCUUAGCUAAAUACUGAACUGGGACUAUGACUGUCUCGUAUGAAACAUCCUUGCUAGGAAAAGAUCAAGCUGGAACUUGACCUGUUUUGUUAUAUGUGUGUGUGCGCUCAUUACGCAGCCUCCUGCAUAAUUAUAAAUUGGAAACUAAGAAAGAUGUUGAAAAUAUAAUACCAGAAUACCUCAUAUUUGUUUUUGUCCUUUUAAAGCUUAUCACAUUUUAAUACAUACUAAUGUUAGUGAUAUCAGCUCAAAUUGAGAAGGUGAACGAAUAAGGUAAAAGCAGAAAAGUUAGUCAACUUCAGCAAAGUUUUUAAGAGGCUUCUCCAAAUCAGUGGCAAUAUUUAAUGAGAGAUGAUUUUGAUAAAUAUAAUAAAUAUAAACACGUACUUACUAACAGACAUGAGAGGGAACCUCAAUCUCUCAGUCACUGCCACGUUAAUACAGUAUGUUUCCUCUUGAAAAAAGGAAAACAAAAAAGACAAAUGGUCUGAAAGUUAAUGAAUGUGAAUAGAUUUGGAAUUUCAAAGCAGUAUUUGUUAAACUGCUGGUAACAGAUGCUUUGGUAAUGUACUGCAUUUUGAGAUGACACACACAUUUCAAUAUUUAAGUUCAUUUUUCAUGAUACUUUCUGUAUGAAGCUCCGCUCGCUUGUGGUACAUGUAAAUUAAUAUAAUAUAGUUGUGUAAAAAAUAGUGCUAUCAUUUGCAGUAGUAUUAUUGUGACCAUAUCAUAUUUUUGCCAAGAAUUCCAGGUUAUCUGUGGGGCUUCCACACUGCGAAACAUAGAGGCACA